CCUCCGGAAGAAGCAGAGGGUGUGUGCUGCGUGUUUUGGCCGCCAGAGGGCAACAGCGUCCCGUUCAGGCCGCGCGAGUCUUCGCAAGUUGUGAGCGCUUAAUUGUUCCCCAACACAACCACAACAAUGAAAGCUAUCAUUCAGAGGGUCACCAAAGCGACUGUAACAGUGGGAGAAGAACAGAUCAGUUCAAUAGGACGAGGACUGUGUAUACUGCUGGGCAUAUCAGCGGAGGACACCCAGAGGGAUGCCGACUACAUAGUACGCAAGAUCCUGAACCUGCGGCUGUUCGACGAUGAGAAUGGCCGAGCAUGGAGCAAAAGUGUCAUGGACAGGGGCUUUGAGGUGCUGUGUGUGAGCCAGUUCACCCUGCAGUGUAUACUGAAAGGCAACAAGCCAGACUUUCACGCCGCCAUGCCUGCAGAGCUGGCCCAGCCCUUCUACAACAGCAUCCUGGAGGACAUGAGGAGUGCCUACAAGCCAGAACUCAUUAAGGAUGGGAAGUUUGGGGCCUACAUGCAGGUUCACAUUCAAAAUGACGGUCCUGUUACCAUUGAAGUGACGUCACCUGCUGCUCCCACAGACCCCAAACAGCUGUCAAAGCAGGAGAAGCAGCAGCAGAGGAAAGAGAAGACGCGCUCUAAGGGCCCCUCAGAGUCGAGCCGGGAGAAGGGGGCCCAGCGUUACCGACAGGACCCCAACGCCAGCAGUGGAGCUGAGGGUGAUGUGUCGUCAGAGAGGGAGCCCUAGGUCAGCAGGAUCUCAUAGUGGGCACAUGACAGUGAACUCAGUUUCCUCAGGAAGGCCUCAACCCUCAUUGACUAUGAGACCUGAUUGUGGACUGUCCUCCUUUCUGUUUGGAAAGCUGCAGGAUUCUCUUGUCCUGUCGCAGAAUAUCGUCCCCUUGCUGGUGUCCUUUGGCUUCUCUCCUCCAGAAUCACACAGAGCUGACUGAUUAUAAACAAGUAGCAAAGUCUUACUACAAAAAAGUGUCCCGUUUUCUAAGGCCGAUGAAGGGAAAUUCGACUGAGGUGUACAGGGAAGGAACUACACUACACUGUGUGGCCCAGUGGCUUUCUGUGUUCUUUAACUAUCUUUUUACCAUGACCUACCUUUCCAUGCUUCUACUUCCAUUUGACUCUGUCUCUGUCUUUCUCUUUGUAAGUCUCCCAGCCUGUCUCCCUCUGAGCUAACGGUCCCAGCUUAAUCUCUGCUUAGAGACAUGGCACUGACCCUGAGGCGUAACUCUGCUCCAAGACCUUCGCUUAUAGUACAGGGACAAGAACAUCAGGACAGUGAUAACAUAACAGCCUUGACAUAUUUAUUGCACCGUGAGAACUCAUGGUUGGUGUAGUUAGACGUAUAAAGGUUAUUGUACCUGCAUAAAUAUACUGUGUUUUAAGGUCCAGCUGGAAUUCCUACAGCACACAGAUCUGCUCUGUGAAUGGACAUGCUCUGUGGCAUUUUGAGGACAAAUGUAAUAUGCAAAACAGACA